UUAUAAAGAGACUGAAAGAGCACUGGUAUGCCUGUAUGAAUGAUUGAGAGGAGAAAUAGAACACAAAGAACAACAAUAUUUACUAGCUAAGAUCAUGGCUGCUAGGAGGCUCUCUUCUCUGCUUUCUCUUUCUUCUUCUGCUGCUACUGGUGCUACUGCAACUUCUUUAGGACGAUUUUCAAGGUGGGGAAGAAGAAUUAAUAGCUUGAGUACCUCUUCUGCAAUUGAUGAACCUAUCAGUCCAUCUAUUCAAAUAGAUCAUACUCAGCUUCUCAUCAAUGGACAGUUUGUGGAUGCUGCAUCAGGAAAAACCUUCCCUACACUCGAUCCUAGGACAGGAGAUGUAAUUGCCCAAGUUGCAGAAGGGGAUGCUGAAGAUGUCAAUCGUGCAGUUGCUGCAGCUCGCAAAGCAUUUGACGAAGGGCCAUGGCCUAAGAUGACUGCUUAUGAAAGAUCACGUAUAAUGUUGCGUUUUGCUGAUUUGCUUGAAAAACACACUGAAGAGGUAGCAGCACUUGAAACUUGGGAUAAUGGGAAGCCUUAUGAGCAAGCUGCUAAUACUGAGAUACCAAAGGUUGUGCGCAUGUUUCGAUAUUAUGCUGGCUGGGCAGACAAGAUUCACGGACUCACUGUUCCAGCUGAUGGACAGCAUCAUGUCCAGACACUGCAUGAACCAUAUGGUGUAACUGGUCUGAUUAUUCCAUGGAAUUUUCCUCUUCUAUUGUAUUCUUGGAAAGUUGGUCCUGCUUUAGCUUGUGGUAACACAGUUGUCCUGAAGACAGCAGAGCAGACACCAUUGUCUGCUCUCUAUGUUUCCAAGCUUUUUCAUGAGGCUGGCCUUCCUCCUGGUGUUCUGAAUGUGGUCUCUGGUUUUGGUCCUACAGCUGGUGCAGCACUUUCUAGUCACAUGGACGUCAACAAGCUCUCAUUCACAGGUUCCACUGCGACAGGUAAGAUUGUACUUGGACUGGCUGCAAAGAGCAAUCUCAAACCGGUAACAUUGGAACUUGGAGGAAAAUCCCCCUUCAUUGUUUGUAAGGAUGCUGACGUUGAAAAGGCUGUUGAGCUUGCACAUUCUGCCUUGUUCUUUAAUCAGGGUCAGUGUUGUUGUGCUGGUUCUCGCACUUUUGUGCACGAAAGUGUGUAUGACGAGUUUGUAGAGAAAGCAAAGGCUCAAGCACUGAAACGUGUAGUUGGGGAUCCUUUCAAGAAGGGAAUCCAACAAGGCCCUCAGAUUGAUAAUGAGCAAUUCCGGAAGAUCCUCAAGUACAUAAGGUCAGGCAUUGAAAGUGGAGCUACUCUUGAAUCUGGAGGUGAACAACUUGGCUCCAAAGGCUACUAUAUUCAACCCACUGUUUUCUCCAAUGUUCAGGAUGACAUGUUGAUAGCCAAAGAUGAGAUAUUUGGUCCAGUACAGUCCAUCUUAAAGUUCAAGGAUCUUGAGGAGGUGAUUCAAAGGGCAAAUGCAACUUCCUAUGGACUGGCUGCUGGUGUUUUUACUCAGAAUAUCGAAACUGCCAACAUCUUGACUCGUGCAUUGCGAGUAGGGACAGUAUGGAUUAACUGCUAUGAUAUAUUUGAUGCUGCAAUUCCUUUUGGUGGGUUCAAGAUGAGUGGGCAAGGAAGAGAGAAAGGAAUCUAUGGCCUUUCUAGUUACAUGCAAGUUAAGGCUGUUGUCACUCCUUUAAAGAAUCCAGCAUGGUUGUAAUUUUUUCUCACAAAUCGCCAUCUUCUAAUAUCUACACUUGAGCAGAGAAGGCAUUGGUUUUGAUUGCAGCUUGUUUUUGCAAUGAAUAAUUAAUCCUUCUCUCACAAUGUAUCUGCCAGAUGCUUGGACACCAUGUUUAAAUCUAUGUAAACUUAAGAACUGCAAACAAUCUUGAGGACACAAUAUCCACUGCCCUUGUCUAACUCCCAAAAAGAUAGCUUUCAUUUCUCAAAAUUGGAAAAAGAAUUCAUCAAUAGCUG